AAAAAAAAAAAAAAAAAAAAAAAGUAAAAGUAAACAUGGCGAACUAGUCAGACACAAUCAGUUAAGUAGUAACUUUACUGCGUAGUCCGCCGUCCGUAGUUACGGACUACUGAGUGGAGAGCCAUGCAUGCUGAUCAGCGAGUGGCUGGCACUGCACUUCCCCUUCUCCUUAGCUAGCGUCGGUUUGCCGGGUUUGCUGGGUUUGCUGGGUUUGCUGGGUUUGCUAGGCCCUGUCAAAAAACAUCAUCAUCUCGUCGGUCUUCUUGUCAAGCAGAAUUAAUUAACCGCUCAUCUACAAGUUCCGACGGAGAAAAAUAAGGGCAUGCCCAUGGAUGGAGACUCAGGCAGGGCCAACUCAUAUUCCUAUUUAUAAUCCUGGGAUCCUGGGCCGUUAACACAGCUCUAUUAUAGUGCAAAAUUCCAGGAUGAAGGCAGAAACAUCUCCGAUUCCCAAGCUUCGACUGCGCUCACACCACCUCCCUUUAUGUUAAGUCUUGGUAGGUUUUCAUUUCUGGGCUUAACCUCGAGCUGCUCUUCUCUUCCAAUUCUUUCUUUUAGAUAUAGCUCUCUUGGUCCCUCUUCUCGUCGAAUCGACUAUGGAAUGUGAUUGGUAAAGCCGUUGCAUGAUCAGUCCGGGGAUUCUCUGAGCAAACCCUCGGUUUCUCCUCCUCAUAUCUUCGGCAUUCAGUUGCUGAUAACCCCUAUAUUUCCAUCUUCAUUUGAUUCCUGUCUACUCCGUACACCUACACUCCAUUAUUAUUAUCUUGCGGCUCCAUUGCACUAAUUUCUCGGUGGGUUUGUUCAACCCUCUUGGGGUUCUCACCACCUGUUCCUCCCACCUGUGCUGAGCCCAGUGCUCGUAUCAUUUCACAACCCAAGCCCGCCAUCCACAUGGAUAUCAACCGAGCAUAGCCAUUCUGCCCACCCAGUUGCCCGCUCGUUUUUCUUGCCACAAAAUAAUUAUACAUUUACUUUUUCCUGCGUCAUUUCUUUCAUCUUGGAUCGCAUCACGAUAAACUAUUCGUCAUGGAAGGAAACGAUCCCCCGUCACCCAAACAGGCAGAAGCCCCCUUCAUGAGUCCAGCCCUACCCCCAGCGCUAACUCCAAAAAACGUCCCUCAACCAAAGGCCAAAGGUCCAAGGAGACGAACCAAAACAGGCUGCCUGACAUGCAGAAAACGUCGAAUAAAAUGCGGAGAGGAAAAGCCCACCUGCAACAAUUGCAGAAAAUCGAAAAGGGACUGCGAGGGAUAUGCCCAGCGUGUGAUCUUCAGAAACCCCGUUGGGCCUAUGUCCCACUUGGGGCACGGCCCAAUCCCCCCAAAUUACCUUCAGCCGAGACCUGGUGCAGAUCCCCUACCAUUCAUACGCCGUCCUCUCAGCUCCACGACGCUACAAGAGGACGCUUCUGGAGCACGCCAGUCUUUCAUCCCGCUGGCACCACGGCCGACUCAGUAUCCUGAUGACGUCGUGAAUAGUGAAUCCCAAUAUGUGUCUAGCCUGGAGCACCAACCUGGGCAUGUACAUGUACAUCCUGACCCGCAGAGCGGCCCAGUUCCACAGGACUAUUACACUCAGCCGUAUAAUUUUGAAAGCGCAGAGCAGACUAUCUCAGCUCAUUCUCAGGUACAGCCAGUUAUCUUGAAGUCCGAGUUUGGCGCAGCUUCGCCCAAGCAGUUCCUUCAUGACGACUCCCUCCAAGAUCAGAACAGCCAGCCUACUAUCAGUCCGAAGCAGACAACGCAUUAUCAUCCUCAUGUACCCUCCGGGAAACGCGAAAUCGGGCCACUUUACGAUCAGUCAAAUAGAAUUCCUCCCCUACAACAACCAUACCACAAACCUCAAUACGAAACGUAUGAAGUCGAGGCACAGCCAUCCACUAAUGGUUAUGCGCCAAGCUACUCAUAUCGUGAUGGUGGUCAACCGGCAAACUACUAUUACGAAGAAGAAAUUGACGAUUAUUACGAUGUUGAAACCGAUGAAGAAAUGGAAAUUCAAACCACUAAUAACUAUACUGAGUCGUACGAGCCACAAUCAGCCACCGCACAGCAGCUAAUAUACUCGUUCCGCUCAAUGACUGCUUUCUUAGGCGACGAAACUUCGCUGAUGUCAUAUACCCCUUCCCCUCUUGCAUCCCCUCUCAUGGAUCCUGAGGUAACAAGAAUAUUCUGUCAUUUUAUCACUGCUGUUGCACCGGUGCUGUCUAUCUUUGAGCGGCACCCGGUGAACCCGACAGUAAUUUUAUCCGCGUCAGCAGUCCCACCCUCCCAGCAAAGCUUAUGGACUUACACCGUGCCUACGCUUGCACUUAGAAAUCAAGGCUUGUUACACGCGAUUUUAGCACUUAGUAGCUAUCACAUUGCGAAAAUACAAGGGUUGUCCCUCAUGGCAUCGUUUCGUCAUUAUCACUACGCCAUUCGUCGUGUUUCCAAGGCCGUCAAACUCCCCGGUCGCCGUAAACAAACAGCAACCCUUGCCGCAACGCUGCUUCUUGGCUUUUAUGAAGUCAUGAGUGCUGAACACUCGAAAUGGAAUAGCCAUGUGGCUGGAGCUUCGCAACUCAUCCAAGAGAGUGAUUUUGGAAGGAUGACAAGGGAUAUCCGAUCGAUGAGAGCAAGGGCCAAGCAGGAGCACAUGCGGCUUACACAAUCAAUGCCGUGGCUGGGAAUGGGUGCCUCACAUUUUGGCAGCCGCUUCGAAAAUGACUUGUUCGCGGAUAAAGAAGCUGACAUUAAUGACGACUUUAUUAGCACCAUAAUGGGUCGACCCAUGAGUUACAAUAAUUUCGGGGAUGCGGAAAGGAUAAACCCUGCUACUGCGUCUGAACGGAAUCUAACAGAGGGCGAUAUAGAAGAGUAUCGAAUUCGAAGCGACCUGUAUUGGCUUUACUAUAAACAGGAUGUGUAUCAGAGCAUGGUCAGUGGGAAUCAGCUGCUGCUAUCAUAUAAUCGAUGGGGGGCAUGUCCACCCAGAGCAGGGAUUGGGAAGCUCGAUGCUGUUUAUGGAUCCAACGAUCACCUUAUAUUGUUACUUGCGCGAACUAUGGACUUCGUCGCAAGGGAUCGCGCAAGAAAAAUACAGGUGAUAAAGCAAAAUGGCGGGCGAUGGCGGCCUCCACCAGGAUUCUUCCCGCCUAGUAUGGGUCGUGGGGGACCUCCCGGUUCACAACAGGGACAGGGCGUCGGGGCAUCUGCUCCACCCGGACCUCCGCAAGGUCCGCCAGGCGACACAGCAUCAUCGACUAAUAAUAGGGAUAACAGCCCUCCCAUGUACGGAAUGGUCCCAAAUACAGGACCUGUGCGCCUCCCUUCCGGCUUCUCUGAAACGGCCCGUCGAUCUCCAUCCCCGAAAUCAGAUAACGAGAGCGAUGACCUGGAAACGCGAACGGAAAAAGCGGAAGCGGAGUGGAAGGAAAUCGUGGCGGCCUACGAUGCCUUUGAAAAAGCACUGGGACCGGGCUUCGCGCCGCUACCAGCGGACAGCGCCCCGCCAAUCGCCACGCCGUUCGGCCCUGCCCUUCAAUACCGCACGCACACCAUCGCCUGCAUCUGGGCCAUAUUUUACACGGGCCGCAUAAUCCUCGAAAGAGGGCAGCCGGGCAUGCCACCGGAGGCCAUGGUGGCCGCCGCUAUCUGCGCAUUCCGCACAGGCCAGUUCGCAAACAGCAUUGGUCGCAUCGUUGCUGGGAUCUACUACCCGCAACAAUUUGACGGCGAAACAGCAAACCUCAUACCAUCACUCUCCGCCGUACUCAUAGAGCUUAUGAUCCCGCUCUUCUACGCCGGCGUGCAGUAUACCGACCCGGCACAGCGUGGGUGGACGGUUGCCAAGCUACGCAACAUCGCGCGAUUGACAGGCGGCGGCUCGGCAACUGCCGUCGCCAGCGGUUGCGAAACAGCAUGGACGAAAGCGUUUGAGGCUGGCAGGGGCCCGCCGUACCAGCGGACGAUGAGUCCCAUGGCUCAUGUGGAUCAGGGACAGGGGACGGUAUCGCUUUUACCGAGCGACGAGAGGAAGUUUGUCACGGUUAAUCGGUCCGCGUCAUUGACAUGGGCUAUGGGAUUGUUAAGUUUGCAAGGGGAUUAUACAAGGUCUGAUGAGAGGGAGGAUGGUGGCGGUGGGCAGUGAGAGCUUGGGACAGAAGGGAACGGCAGUGUCUGUGGGGGCCGGGGGGGUACGGAGUCGGGGGUUGGGGGUUCGGUUACCCAUCAUAUCGUGACAUACGCGUAUUUAAUAAUGCUCGUUAUUGAUCGGGAUGUUGGCAAUCGUGUGGUUGGGAUGUAUGUGAUCUUCAUCCCUACAAAUAGCGGGAUUUUGUCCGUCGAGUCACUCUGCUCCGUCAGCUUCGGCGAUAUUUAUUAUUACUGCACGAGCCGGACAUAAAAGUACGUACGGAUUAGAAACCUUCCGUAAUACAGCUCUGGCAGAAAAUACACAAUAUAAACAACGCUUUAUCACUCUGCAUUUAUUUCCAAGGGCCAAGAAUUUAAGCUCUCCCACCCUUGUGACAUGGUAACUAAAAUGCUCCCCGCUGCCGCGCAAAUCAUUCUUCCGACACACAUACAUGCCUUCCCUGUGCGCUGGCAACGUCAACAUCCAGCUCUGCGCUGCAUGCCGCUGCGCCUCGCGAUCUGCUUUCCCCUCCGAGCGCUCCACAAAUCUUAAUAAGUGGCUAUGAUCUUACCUGGCAACAAGCCUAAGCUUGUUAUUGUCGAUCCCCCCCAGACGGCAUGCCUCAUGCUGCUUAGGCUAGCUUGAGCUCUAAUGGCGGAGCAACAUCUGAGGUUGUUGGCAAUAGUUGGUUUAUAUUAAGAAUCUAGCUGCAAUGUGACGACCUCUAGAUCAUGCGGUGACCACAGCAAAUGCCUCAGGGGGUUCAACUAUCUUCUUGAUCACCAUAGCAGUUAUACAAUAUUAGAUAAUUACAUAUAAAAAUAGAUGUAUAAUGAAGCUCUUCUUAACUUGACGUGCA